AUGCCUAAAAGUCCAAAUGAUCCCGACAUGAGCCACAUGCGAAGCAGUGAUUUCAAGCUCGUGUAUGAAUUUAAUGAUGAUACCUACUUGUUGGUGGAUGCAUUGGAAAAGGAUUAUAUUCACUCUCAUUUAAUAGCUUCGUUGGAAAAUUCAAACACAAAAUUAAAAUUUUGCUUGGAGAUUGGUUGCGGAAGCGGUUAUGUAACCACGUUUGUUUAUAAAUUAUUGAAUUCGAGUUAUGAGCAAUAUUUGAAAUCAACUGGUGUUUCAUUUUGCUUGUUAUGUACAGAUAUUAAUCCGAAUGCUGCAGCAAUGACUCGGAAAACAUUUGAACGAAAUGUGGAGCAAAAUCCAAAACAUGUUCCGUUUUUGUUUGAUGUGGUGUUGAGCGAUUUUGCCUCUGCUUUUGAGAAACGACUCAAAAAUAAGAUUGAUUUACUUAUUUUCAACCCUCCUUAUGUUCCAUGUGAGAGGGAUGAAAUGGGAUUCAACGAUGUGAGAGCUGCAUAUGCAGGCGGAGAAAAUGGACGUGAAGUAAUUGAUCGCUUUUUGCCAAUGGUGAAAAACAUUCUUUCUCCAAAUGGAGUGUUUUAUUUUGUUCUGAUUGAAGAUAAUAACCCUCAGGAAAUUAUGAAAUUAAUGUCACAGGAAGAAUAUGGUUCUUUUAAGAGCAGUGUCAUCUUGAAAAAACGAAUUCAAGGAGAGCAUUUGUACAUUGUUAAAUUUGAAGGAAGUUCCAGAUUGAAAUAA